GGAGCUCGGCCCCAAAGCGGGCAGCGCAGCCAAACGAGCAGCAGCUGAGUUAACGGCGCACACUCUUACGCGUUAGAACAUCGGGGCCGCUAAAUUUGUGACCGAGACGGAGCGGCAAUCCCCCGACAUUUGCACAAUUUUUUUUUUCGUAGAUUUCUCGGUUAAAAGUUCAAAGCAAAGUGAAGCGAAGCGACAGUAAAAACACACGCGCCACAGAAAAAAGCCAAACCACCUCCAAAAAAGCGCAAAACUAGCUGUGCUCAUUGCAAGGCGACAAUCAGCGAAAGCAACUGUAAUAUUAAAAGCUCGACUUUUACACAACUUGCAUGCAGCUGAAGCUUACGAAGGGGAGGCAGAGGAGGCUGCUACAACAACAACAACAGCAACAACAACAACAACAACAGCAGCAGCAGCCGCAAUAAGAAGAACACAAGAGCGAGAACUAAGCUUGGCCCAUUGUCCAGCUGCAGCGAAGCAUAGCCUGCGCGACAUCGCUUUAAUGACGAUGGCCAUGGCACCGACCACAGCUGCUUCCGCCACCAGCACCGCCACCCCCAAAACUCCUACACCCACGCCCACCCCCAAGCUGGCCAAGUUCAAAUCCUCCUCGCUGGACCAUGAGAUCUACACGGCAAAUAGACGCAGCACCAUUGCCACCGCAGCCAGCGAGUGGAAAACUUUGCGAGCUCCGCUCAAUGGCAGAUCCGUGCAUGUGGGCAGUGCCGGAGCGGGGCCAGGGGGAAUUGCAGGCCACAUGACGCGCGCCGCCUCAACCUCAUCGCUGGCGAGCAGCACACGCACCAUGACCAACUAUCAGGAGUACAAAAUGGAAAUUAUUAAUCAGGGCAAGUGUCUGUGUGGGCAGUACAUUAGAGCGCGACUGCGACGUGCUGGGGUACUCAAUCGGAAGGUGAUACAAAGGCUACGCAACAUAUUGGAACCAUCGUCACAUGUGGUCUAUCAGGUGUUUCCAGCGCUCAAUAGCAUGGGCGAGGAACUGGAACGCAUGCAUCCGCGCGUCUACACGAAUGUCUCAAGGCAGCUGUCACGCGCGCCUUUUGGCGAACUGGAGGACAGCGAUAUGGCGCCCAUGCUGCUCAAUCUAGUGGCCAAAGAUCUCUUUCGGUCGAGCAUCACCUGGGGCAAAAUUAUCUCGAUAUUUUCCGUCUGCGGCGGUUUUGCCAUUGACUGUGUCCGUCAGGGCCACUAUGACUACUUGCAGACCCUGGUUGACGGACUUGCUGAGAUUAUUGAGGACGAUCUGGUCUACUGGCUGAUCGACAAUGGCGGCUGGCUGGGAUUACAGAAGCAUAUAAGGCCGCACGUCGGUGAAUUCACAUUUCUGGGCUGGCUGACGCUCUUCGUAACAAUUUCAGCUGGCGCCUAUGUCGUUUCAAAUGUUUGUAAGCGUAUUGGCUGUCAAUUGUAUUCAUUGUUAUUUUAGUUUCGGGUCGUUUUUAGUUAUAAUUGUACCCUGUAGUCAGUGAGAUAAACUUGCAAUCAUUCCUGCUUAAAGUCGUUUAAUAGCUUGUAAAGAGAUCUGUUUAAUGUUUGAUAUGAUAUCGAUAUUGAUACUUGUUAUAUUGUUUUUGUACAUAUGCCUAACUUAGUGCCAAUCACAUAGAGCAAAUAAAUUACACAAAGAAAACUAA